AUGGAUGAGCAAGACACAGACUCCAACGAAAGCGAGCGCCAUAUGUAUCAAGCCAUCAAAGCAUAUUUCUCUUUCUGCCACCGUCAGCCAUUAUGGCUGUUUGACUCUGAGCACGAACUAGAUCCGACGAGUUGUUGUGAAGAGCUCAAGCUUUCGAUACUUGCUCUCACUGCUCAAAUUUACCGUGAUACUGAGCUUGAAACCUCCGCCAAAUCCCCGGAGAUGUAUGCUGACGCAUGUCGGUCACUGAUCAUGCUCAGGAUCGCGAGCGGUAAAGUGACAAUCUCGACACUACAGUCGCUUUGCUUGCUGGCGUAUGCAAACUUUGUUUUAAAGGACACACACGUGGCUCGUCUUCAUGUGUCUCUUGCAAAGAGCCUUCUCCAGUGCGCAGGUUUAGAUGUUGCAUCGGCGACAGAACGUACCGAUGUCCUCGAGUCUCAAAGGAAGCUGUGCUGGAGCGUCCUUAUCCUCGACCAGCUCUUUGGAAUGCAACCCAGGAUACCUUCUCUUGGUGAUGACCUCCAAAGUCCGCGAUAUCUGGAUAUAGCUGGGAUGUCGCAGAAGACGAGCGUUCAGUGCCAGCUAUUGCCUCUUGAAUCCUAUGAUGAGAUGAAUGGAAAAGCCAUCGGAAUUUGGUCGUACAUGAUCCAGCAGAUGUAUAUCUGGUCUUCGGUAAGAUCAUAUGUCUGGAGCUGUGCCAACGGCCAGAAUAAAUCACCUUGGGCUACCGACUCCGAGUAUACGUUGAUCAAUUCAUGUCUCCUCGAUUGCGAAUGCAAGCUACCAACGUUCGUGCGCUACGGCACUUCAAGGCUGUCUGAACGCUCUAAGUCUGAAUUACAGGCUAACAAGUCUUUCUGGAUGCCGUGGCUAAGUACACAAAUUAUCUAUCACACUCACCACUCGGUCCUCAAUCAUCCAUUUUUGUACUCCCAGAAGCAAUCACAGCACCGACAGGGCCCGAACAUAUUCUGGAAACAGUCGGCAGAGAUCGCGAUGCUACACUGUAGGUGGGUUACGCAUAUCAUCACCUUAACUACUGAAAACGAGCUCGAUGUCGCCGAUCCGUUUUUCGCCUAUGCUGCGGCCAUCGCAGCAACGCUUCAUUUUUACUACAGCCGAGCCAGCGAUCCAGAAGCCAGCUCAGCAGCCCUGGAUAACUUGCAGACGUGUAGAUCGUUCAUCGCGGGUAUGGCGCAGCGGUGGCCAAUAUGUCAAUCAAUCAGUGAAACUCUGGACCAGCUGGUGAAUUCCGCAACGUGGAGAACACAGUCAGACCAAUCCGACCCCAACAUAUCGACAAGUGUCGCGCUGAACACGGCUUUGAUGUGGAGGAUUCUAGACUACGCUGCACCACGGGGCGACUUUUCGGUAGGGAAUGGAAUCUUCCAUUUAUCAUCAGUGGAGAAUUCACCGUCAAAGAGGGCCCCCGAUCAAACGAUAAUGACCGAACCGGCUGGGACAAAUGCGAGUAGGGGCCUGGAGAAUUCAGUAUCCCGUAUCCACGGUUCUACACCUGACUGGUUCGACCCGGUGCCUUCGACGGCGAUUCCUCCUCUUGUCACUUGGGAAGCGGCCGAAAGACGACCUUCAACUACGAUACGCGAAAGCGAUUCGACGUUGCAGAUUUCGAACACGAACCUGGACGUCCCGGAGAUGGCUAAUUGGUACUGGACGGAAGAUCCCAGUCACGAAACCUUGAUGAACGUCUCGAAUGAUCCAAUGGUUCAUUUCUACGACCGUAACAAUGCAAAUCCAGCUUGGUGGGACUUUGGAAAUCUGUGA